UCUUAGUUAACAUCACUCUUGCGUGGUAAUCAAAGAAUCAGAACUCAUUUCAUAGACCAAGCAAACGAUACUUCUCUUUCGGAAGUAAACGUCUUGAAUUGGAAUAUUCAUCUGUUCGACACCGAGGCAUACAAAGCCAAGGAUGAAGGAGAUCUGUUUUUUCGUAGACAUUCUGCUUUUAUGCAUGGCGUGUGGAGCAAGUGCAUUGGCUGUGAAUAGCUCCAUAGUUCCCCCAUCACUGCCAGCCGCCAAUUUCACUGAUACUGGCUCAGCAUUAAAGUUUCAUGAAGAGUCAGCGAAUAUUCCCAAAGCCAGACGGAGACGUUACAUUUCUCAAAACGACAUGAUCGCUAUCCUUGACUACCAUAAUAAGGUACGAGGAAGAGUCUUCCCACCGGCUUCAAACAUGGAGUAUAUGGUCUGGGAUGAAAGUCUGGCCAAAUCAGCAGAGACAUGGGCUUCAGCAUGCCUCUGGGAACAUGGACCUCAGUAUCUCCUGAGAUUCUUGGGUCAGAAUCUCUCUGUCAGAACUGGACGCUACCGAUCCAUCCUUCAGCUGGUGAAGCCGUGGUAUGAUGAGGUCAAGGACUAUGUUUUCCCAUAUCCUCGUGACUGCAACCCCAGAUGCCCUCUUAAGUGCUAUGGACCCAUGUGCACUCAUUACACACAGAUGGUGUGGGCUACAUCAAACAGAGUUGGAUGCGCUGUCCACACAUGUCAUAACAUGAAUGUAUGGGGGGCUGUGUGGAAGAGGGCAACAUACUUAGUGUGCAACUAUUCAUCCAAGGGGAACUGGAUCGGAGAGGCUCCGUACAAAGUAGGUGUUCCGUGCUCGGCGUGUCCUCCGAGCUAUGGAGGCUCCUGCAGCAACAACAUGUGCUUUCCUGCUGUGAAUUCUAACUACCUGCACUGGUUCAAAUAAACACAACUCACAAUGCACAAGCAGCGCCCUGCCAGAAAGACAUUUCCCAAAGGAUUUGCACAGCAUUCCUGUAUCACCCUAAUUUGUAUAUAUGGGCCUAUUUAAAAUGCGACCAUACUUUGAAAU